UCAAGUUGAAGAUCUGAUCAAACAGACAAGAUUCCAGAUCGAUUCCUCAAACACUCAAUCCUUUUUUCCAGCUGAGGCUCCGGGGAAGGUGUCCGGAAUAUGCGUAACGCCUCCUGGACUCCCUGGGGUAAAACCUGUAUCCCAGCCUGUGAUUGCACCCAUCAUGCCACCUAUGAUGCCACCCAUCAUGGCACCUUUGGUGCAACCCAUAAUGCCACCAGUCAUGCCUCCUCUUGUCCAGCAGCCCAUGCCCCAGCACGUGAUGCCACCAAUGACCCAACCUCCCUUUGCUGCUGAAAUCCCGACUGUAAACCAUCACGAAAGACCUCAACACGAGUCUGGAACGAGCCAGCCCAACGCCCAGAGUGGCUCGGGAGCGGCACCCAAGCCCUUCCGCCCACAGGCCGAGGAGCCCUUUAGAUCUCCUUUUGGCAUCGUGAAAGCAUCGUGGCUUCCUGUCCUUCCACAGUCCGAUGCCCAGAAGAUCAAAAAAUUGCCCACCCCAUCAAUGAUGAAUGACUACUAUGCCACGUCGCCGAGAAUAUUCCCACAUAUGUGUUCUCUGUGUAACAUUGAGUGCACUGAGAUGAAGCUCAGACUGUUCUGAGUCCUCAAGGGACGAGUCCAGGGAGUGACCUGGUGGAAAGCAGCUUCAUGGAAAAGGGACAUAGGAAUCCUGAUGGACAAGUUCAGCAUGAGGCAGCAAUGCCAAGAAGG